AUGCGGUGGCGAGAGGUGAAGGACGUGCAGCACAUUAAGAGGAGGGACAUCGUGCUGAAGCGAGAACUGGGCGAGGGAGCCUUUGGGAAGGUCUUCCUAGCCGAGUGCUACAACCUCAGCCCGACCAAGGACAAGAUGCUCGUGGCAGUGAAGGCCCUCAAGGACCCCACCCUGGCUGCCCGGAAGGAUUUCCAGCGGGAGGCUGAGUUGCUCACCAACCUGCAGCACGAUCACAUUGUCAAGUUCUACGGGGUGUGUGGCGACGGGGACCCCCUCAUCAUGGUCUUUGAGUACAUGAAGCACGGGGACCUGAAUAAGUUCCUCAGGGCCCACGGGCCGGAUGCCAUGAUCCUCGUGGAUGGGCAGCCACGCCAGGCCAAGGGUGAGCUGGGGCUCUCCCAGAUGCUGCACAUUGCCAGCCAGAUCGCCUCGGGCAUGGCGUACCUGGCUUCCCAGCACUUCGUGCACCGGGACCUGGCCACCAGGAACUGCCUGGUAGGAGCCAACUUGCUGGUGAAGAUCGGAGACUUUGGCAUGUCGAGAGAUGUCUACAGCACCGAUUACUACAGGGAAGGGCCGUGCCAGAAGGGCCCAUUCAGCGAGGCGUGGCAGCGGCAGAGGCUAGCAGCACCAGCAGCUUCCACAGUAGGAGGACAUACCAUGCUCCCCAUCCGUUGGAUGCCCCCAGAGAGCAUCAUGUACCGGAAGUUCACUACAGAGAGUGACGUGUGGAGCUUUGGAGUGAUCCUUUGGGAGAUCUUCACCUACGGGAAGCAGCCAUGGUUCCAGCUCUCAAACACAGAGGUCAUUGAGUGUAUUACCCAAGGUCGUGUUUUGGAGCGGCCCAGAGUCUGCCCCAAGGAGGUCUACGACGUCAUGCUGGGCUGUUGGCAGAGGGAACCACAGCAGCGACUAAAUAUCAAAGAGAUCUAUAAAAUCCUCCACGCUUUGGGGAAGGCCACUCCAAUCUACCUGGACAUCCUUGGCUAGUGGUGGCCCGUGGUCAAGGGUCCCUCCUCGGUUGCCUCCUCUAUCCUUGCCUCACAUCGACCCCUGCCACCCUCCACUCCUCCCUUCCACCCUUGACUGAGCAAACAUCUUCAUAUAAACUCAAGUGCCUGCUACACAUACAACACUGAAAACGGAAAAAAAAAUUAAAACAUAAAAAGAAAGGAAAACCCUG